CUUUGUCUUUCAGAAAUGUAGAUGGCAGCUGCUGUCUUUGAAGGAGUCGCAACCAUCUGACCCUGCGCAGCGCCUACGAUUGCUACCAUGAUCUUCUGCAUGCUGCUGUUGGCCUCACUGCUUGAGCCAUCUGGCACCGAAGUCAACCCUGCUAUAUGCCGUUACCCUUUGGGUAUGCAUGAAGGCACAAUACGGGAUGAAGACAUCACUGCUUCGAGCCAGUGGUAUGAUUCCACAGGACCCCAGUAUGCACGGUUACAAAGGGAAGAGGGGGAUGGGGCCUGGUGUCCGGCUGGCUUAUUGCAACCAGAAGAUGUACAGUUCCUUCAAAUUGACCUGCACAAGCUCUUUUUCAUCACUUUGAUUGGGACUCAGGGACGGCAUGCCCGUGCCACAGGCAAAGAAUUUGCCCGUGCUUACCGAAUUGACUAUAGCCGCAAUGGAGAACGCUGGAUCUCCUGGAAAGAUCGUCAGGGCAGGAAGGUGAUCCAAGGCAACAUUGAUACUUAUGACGUGGUCUUGAAAGAUCUUCGGCCUCCCAUCAUUGCACGUUUUAUCCGGGUGAUUCCUGUGACGGAGAUGCCAAUGACUGUCUGUAUGAGGGUGGAGCUCUAUGGAUGUGUCUGGUAUGAUGGUUUGGCAUCCUAUAGCAUCCCUGAAGGAGGGACAAUAGCGGUUCCUGGCUUCCCCAUCGUUUAUCUGAAUGACUCGACCUAUGAUGGCUACCAGGAGCGCAGGCACUUGUAUGGCGGUCUGGGCCAGCUGACAGACGGUGUGCUAGGACUGGACGACUUCACACAGAGCCACCAGUACCGCGUGUGGCCAGGCUAUGACUACGUUGGCUGGAAGAACGACAGCUUCAGCACGGGAUCUGUUGAAAUGGAGUUCCAGUUUGACCGACCGCGGAACUUCACUUCCAUGAAG